GAGUACGUCAUCCGUCGCCAAGAUAGGCACAGAGCCGAAGCUGCAGCUGUGCGGAGGCUGGGGCGGGCAGGGUGGCUACGCGUUGGAAGGAUGCGUGGACGCGAGCCUGCUCCGGCCGCCGCCGCAGCCGCACUCCAGCCAGCUCGGGACCGUCUACGCCACAAAAAGGAGGAGGAGAAAUGGGAAAAGUAUCAAACCACCAUCAAAAGACGGCGUCACGAAGAGCAAUCCGAGCAAGCGGCACCGUGAGCGUCUCAAUGCGGAGCUGGAUACGCUCGCUUCGCUUUUGCCCUUCGAACAGAACAUCCUCAGCAAGCUCGACCGACUAUCCAUAUUGCGGCUAUCUGUGAGCUAUUUGCGAACCAAGAGCUAUUUUCAAGUGGUCAUGCACAAAGAAAAGGAAGAACUGCACGGGCACAGGCGAGAGCACUCGCCCUACGACCAUGCAAUGCCUGACGGAGAAAUGUUCCUGCAGGCACUCAAUGGCUUCCUGAUGAUAUUAACGUGUGAAGGAGAAGUAUUUUUCGCGACACACAGCAUCGAAAGUUACCUAGGCUUUCAUCAGUCCGAUAUAGUUCACCAAUCAGUCUACGAGCUGGUCCAUUCUGAAGACAGGGAGGAAUUGCAGAGACAAUUGCUGUGGAAUUCUUUUCUACCUCCAGAAGCAAGUAGUCUCACUCUGCAAGAUGUACUAAGACCUGACAGAACGCACCUGCUAGAGAGAAGCUUUACAGUCCGAUUUAGAUGUCUGCUCGACAACACAUCCGGGUUUCUGAGGCUCGACAUCAGGGGUCGCAUCAAGGUGCUACAUGGUCAAAAUAAGAAGACAGAAGAACCACCGUUGGCUUUAUUUGCCAUAUGUGCUCCAUUUGGACCGCCAAGUUUACUCGAGAUACCGCAAAAAGAAGUCAUGUUCAAGAGCAAACAUAAACUUGACCUGUCUCUAGUCUCAAUGGAUCAAAGGGGUAAAAUGCUUCUAGGCUACACAGAUGCAGAAUUAGCUAAUAUGGGUGGUUAUGAUUUAGUGCAUUAUGACGACUUGGCCUAUGUGGCUAGUGCUCAUCAAGAAUUAUUGAAAACUGGUGCUUCCGGCAUGAUAGCAUACCGCUUCCAAACAAAAGACGGGCAGUGGCAGUGGCUGCAAACGUCAUCGCGACUUGUCUACAAGAAUUCAAAGCCAGACUUCGUUAUAAGCACGCAUCGGCCUCUCAUGGAAGAAGAAGGUAGAGACCUCCUUGGUAAAAGGACCAUGGAUUUUAAAGUGAGCUACCUCGACACUGGUCUUACCAGUUUAUAUUUUUCGGAGACAGAACAGCUGUCAGGGUGUGAGUCAAACGUGACAACUCCUCCACGAGCUGCUAGAAGAUACAAGACUCAACUAAGAGACUUUCUGUCAACCUGCAGAAAUAAACGAAAAGUGCCUUCAACACCAGCGCCACCUCCAGUAGAUUAUCUAGCAGCAGAUGCCGUCGCAGCAGCGUAUACAAACUUAAAUGGAGCAUACACUGCGCCCUAUGGGGAAUAUCCACCAACGCCUGGUUUGCACUACGCUCCGCCGCCGCUAGACGACCGAUUCCUGACAGCAGAUAAUCUUUUCCAUCAAUACAAACCGUUAUCAUACCAUUACACUCCGUACGCUCCUAAUGGAUUUUUAGAGCCAGCUCCGCCUCCUGGGUACGAGGUAGCACCAACUUAUCAUCGGCCGCCCUCGAGAGAGUAUACUUAUGUCGAUAGUACCGGACGAUAUAUGAGUCCAAUCACGGGACAAGAAAGAAGAUCGCCGAGUGUAGUACCAGGCCCUAGUCCAGGCGGCUCGAGUGGAUCGACAGAACAGGAGAGGAUGCAACAGACGCAAGCCUCGGAGAUGCCAAGACAAACAGUGCUCAUGUGGGGUGCGGGAGGCACGGUCCAAGAAGCACCUGUAGAAUACUCUCCACCACAGGUUUGGCGUUACCAUCCAUCUCAUUAUCACACCGCUGAAGCAACGCAGUGAACGUCUUUGGCUUUAUAUGUGCAAUCAGAUGUAUAUGUAUAGUUGUAGCACCGUGAAUAAAUAAUAGCUGGUUAUUCUCAAGUGAACUUCGUACAAUAAAUUUUAUUGUUGAGUCGAAGAUCUAGCUAGAAAUAUCGAAUAAAAAAUAUGACUAAAAGUAUUUUUUGAGACAAUCGAAAGUAGCUGGAAAAUGUUAUAUUGGUUUCAGAUUUUUCCACGUUUCAGUGGAAAAUAAUAUCCAAUAACUUUAGAAAUUUUCAUUUAGAGCAGACAGUACGAAAAUGAAAUAUAUUUGUUACCAGAGACUUACCAGACGACUUCCUGAACUCCUGAAAGAUACCUCGCUCAGUGGUCCGUAGAUUAUUAUAUCUAUUUCAGACUUCUAGGUCUUAAACUUUUAGACUAAACAGGGUCCUCCCAUUUAUAAUUCCAUGUAUAUAAAAUAUUUAUAACUGUAUAUUUUAUAAAGAUAACUUUGAGAAGUAUAUCCAAAUAUUAUGAAUUAAAUUGAUAGUCCAUUUUUGUAGGUUAUUUAAGUAGUAUUACGUCACGCAAUGCAAUGUUUCACAAAUUUUUACCUAUCUCUAAUGUUUACUGGUUUGUAAAUAUUGUUUUUAAUAAUAUGAGAGCUUGUGCUUACAUAUUGAGGUUUAUGCUUUGCGUGUUAUCUAUCAGAGU